AUGCCGGCAGCGCGCGAGGUGCUGCACCGCCGUCUCAGCACCCACCUGCUGCUUGCUGCAGGUACCGCGAGGAGAAAGGCCGUGGAUCGCGGGAAGCAAGCUAGGGAGAGAGCGGCCAAAGGCACUUUAGGCGGCAACAUCUGCAACGCGUUCGCGAUUGGCAGCCGAGAACCGAUUGAGCGGACUCGCGGUGGAGUGAAAGAGCUCAUAUCCGGUAUAAGCUUCCCACCUCCGACCCCGGAGUCCCGCCGAUCUUGCCCUCACUGUCCCACGACCUUCGUGAACGAGCAAGGCCUUGGGAUCUACGUGAGAACGCAGCACAGCAGUGCAAACAUGUCCAACGGCGUGCGGCUGCGGUGCAUGUUACGGAAGGAUGUCGGAGGGAGUGUCCUGCCGUGGGAAGCAGCCGGGCCUGGGCGUUGUUGGCACGUGAAGUUCGAUCAUGCGACGGGGACGGCUUCGUUUGUCCUCCAGCGGAAGCGCUUUCUCGAUCUCGACUUGGAUAGCGACGGCUUUAUGGACCGCAAACCCAAGGACACUCGUGGGGCUCCCAAGCGCAGGCGAUACGACUUCAGGUUCAAAGCCCACGCGGUCAACCAGCUGCGCAUCCUCCAGGACAACGCCGAAGACUUAUGGAAGGAGGAGCAGCGCACGCCUCUUCAGUUCUUGGAGGAUCGUCUCAAGAUUCUCUACAGCAAUUAUACCAGUGACGUAAAGAAGAGCCUCCUCGCCAAACAGCAGCCUAAGCGGUGGUUUCCUGAGGCAGAGAAGCGACUGUACAAGGGGUUCGUGGAGCGGCGGAAGAGAAAGCUGAAGGUGUCGACCCUGUGGCUGACGAUCACGUUCCGGAAGCUCGUGCGAGAGAUGUACCCCGGGGAUCAACGAGCGGCGUCCUUCCGUGCAUCCUUCAGGUGGGCGCGAAGAUGGGCCAAGAGGCAUAACCUGUCCAAAAGACGCCGGACCAACCUCAAGAACAAGGCGCCCGAUGAGUCCGACGUGUCGGCAGUCACGACGGUCGCGGAGAGACAGUCCAGGGUUCCCAAGUACGGUCAAUUUCAGCUCUGGGAGCGUUGUAAUGUGGAUCAAGUAUCUUUGGCAUUCGUGAACGGGCUGCUCGACACGUGGGACAAGAGAGGUGCGUUGCAGGUAGCAAUAUCGCAGCCCUUUCCUGGCCUAGAGAAAAGGCAUUGCACGAUGCAAGUCAUCUUUGGUCCGGGUGAGAAGACCAUGCGCAAUUCGGUGAUUUUCCGAGGCACGGGAAAGCGGAUCUCGCCGGUGGAGAAGGCAGCGUGUCACGAGGACGUGGACGUGUUUUUCCAGGAGAACGCGUGGGCCGACCAAAAGUUCCGCAUGGAGUGGGCGAAGAGGUCCUACCGAGAAGGUCUGAUGCGCGGGCGGGGUGAGCUCCGGAAGGCGAGGUCCAUUCUGAUCAUGGACAACAUGCACGCGCAGACCACGGACGAGUUCAAGGAGUAUCUUGGGAAGCACUGCAACACUCUCGCCUGGUAUGGCCCUUCGGAGUGCACGGACGAGGUGCAGCCAGUUGAUGCAGGAGCCGGACGAUUUCUCAAGGUGGAAGUCGGGAGGCAGAUGGACAUAUGGCUCGAGCAGUCGGACAACCUCGAGAGAUGAGAAACCGCGUCGCUGACAGCUUCUGAUC